CAUUUGAUCUUUGAGACAUGCCCUCCCUCCAAUAAAUAUACCAACUUCCCAUUUAUCUUAGAAAUUGUGUCAAGUCAUACAGUUUGACAGGUCUGUUCUUCCCGGGUAACGCUGAAUAAAAUAAUGGCAGCAUCUCAGAAAUGUCUUGGAAAAGGAAGUGCUGCUCCUGGCCCUGUGCCAAAGGACCAUAUUCGGCUCUAUAGCAUGAGAUUCUGCCCUUUUGCCCAACGGACAAGAUUGGUGCUCAAUGCCAAGGGAAUUAAACAUGACAUCAUCAACAUCAAUUUGAAGGAUAAGCCAGAUUGGUUUCUGGAGAAGAAUCCUCUUGGUUUAGUGCCAACGCUGGAGACCCAGAGUGGUCAGGUGAUAUACGAGUCACCAAUCACUUGUGAUUACCUGGAUGAGGUCUACCCUCAGAAGAAACUGCUUCCAUCCGACCCGUUUGAGAGGGCCCAACAGAAAAUGUUGCUGGAGCAUUUCUCAAAGGUGACUCCCUACUUCUAUAAGAUCCCAGUAAGCAGGGCAAAAGGAGAAGAUGUGUCUGCACUUGAAGCAGAACUUAAAGAGAAACUUUCCCAAUUAAAUGAGACCCUUGUCAAGAAGAAGACCAAGUUUUUUGGAGGAGAUUCAAUAACAAUGAUUGACUACAUGAUGUGGCCAUGGUUUGAGAGGAUGGAGAUGAUUGAGCUGAAGCACUGUUUGGACAGCACUCCUCAGCUGAAUAAGUGGACUGAACAUAUGUUGGAGGAUCCCACUGUAAAAGCCACAAUGUUCAGCACAGAAUUCUACAAGGUGUUCUACAAGUCCUACAUGGAGGGAAACCCCAAUUAUGAUUAUGGUUUAUAGAAUAAAUAAUUGUUCUCUGGUAAAACACAUCUUGAUUGCCUAUCAGACAUUGGGUACAAAAGUCAGUUAAUACUGUUUAGUCCGUCUAUCUGUUAUACUAUGAUCCCAAUUAAUCUGAAGAAAAUUUUAUGCCUCGUAUGUCAUUCUUUAUGUCUCUUCGAUUUGUGGUGUGGAUAUCAAAAACAUACAUUUAAAACUUUGAUGAUCUUGUGAAUGAAUCAUAUGAAAUUACUCAUACUGAAUUACUAUGCCUGAGUGAUUAUUUUAAUAACCAGCUGAAUGAAUUACAUACCUCAUUAUAAAUUGUUACCAGUGCAAUGAAAUAAAAUAAAUAAUAAAACAAAAAA